AUGAAUCAAUUACCACAAAAGAUAUUUAGUCGUAUUUUUGAUUUUCUCGAUAGGAAUGAAUUGUAUGCCUUGCUGAAGUGUUAUCCGGGCUUUGUAUCUAAUUGUUGUCCCAAUAUUAGAUUCAAAUUGAUGCAGCAGUAUAUUUCCGAAUUGGAAUAUGAUUAUAGUCAUCAACCAACAUUCAAGGGCAAACGACAGACAUUACCUCGUGUUAGACACAAAUAUUUUAGGAGAGGAGAAGAAUAUUGGGAAAAUUUGACAAAGUUCACACCACGACAAACUUUAAUGAUUUACUAUCCAAAGAAGAGCCUUAAGAUUCUAUUCGAAAAUGUUGGACCAUAUUUAUUGAGCAAGAUCAAUAAUGGGAAACCCUUUGUGGAGAGAGAUGAAAAAAUGAUUAAGAAGUUUUAUUAUCAUUUUUAUAAUAUCAAGCUUUCAUUAGAAUUAUUCCAAUCUAGAAUUUGGAAUGCAAAUAUGUAUCGUGGAAAGACUUCGUUUAAUUCAAAAUCCUUGGAAACCUGCUUGGAUAUUACCAGGAUUUACAAAACUAGAUUAGUCAGGUUAAAUACUUUUAUAGUCACUAAUUAUUUGGAGAAUUUAAAGAAUGAAUUCUAUACAACAUACAUCAAAUUAGUGAAAACAAAUAAGGUCAAUAAUGAAUUUUUCGAUAUUUGGAACGAGAAAUUCAAAUUGUCUCACAAUAUUAUGAGCUAUUUGAAAUCAUUACUAAUUUCAAAGAAAGAUAUUUCAUCUAUUAUUUCAACUCUGUGGACAACUCAUGAUAACUUGUUGGAUUUUUUACCCCUCCUUCAAGGUUUGAAUAGAACUGCAGAUGCAUCUAAAAUCCUUCUUGAAAUAUGCUCCUCCCAAACAACUAUUAGUGUCAACACAACCCAACAAAUCCAAAGAAUUCAAAAUCUACUCGAAUGUUGCUCCUACUUUAAGCUCUCUAUUUCUGAAUUCAAAAUAGUGUUGGAAAGAUUUUUUGACAAGAUGGUGGUUACUCCAGAAAUGAAAGAAGAAUUUAACAUUCUUAAAACUCUUGCGUUUGAUAGAUAUGAAUAA